ACAAGCAUUUCCCAAAUUAGAUCGAAAGGGAUUUGACAGCUGCAAAAUGAAUUUAUAAUAAAUAUUGGAAAUUGAAAUCGCAUGUUUGGUAGGAGUAGGAGGUUUUUAAUUAAACCAACUGUAUAAAUUUAAAACUAGUAGCUCUGAAAUCUCAGAGACAUGGCUACUAGUACUUAUUUAUUCUUCACUUUGAUCAUUGCCAGUUCUUUGUGCUCAUUCGGAGUUUCAAUGGUGGAAGCUCAGAAAAUUACUCUCUCAGUUUACUUUGAAACACUAUGUCCCCAUUGUGCCACUCUCAUCGCCAAAAAUCUUGCUCGAAUUUCCAACAACGGUCUCAUCACCAUUCUCAAUCUCAGGCUGGUUCCAUGGGGAAAUGCUUCUACAGCCACCUUUUGUCAGCGUGGACCAUAUGCGUGCAAUCUAAAUUCUCUGGAAGCUUACGCGAUCUAUGUUUUGCAUGAUGUGGAUUAUGUCUCUCAACGUUUUUCGCCUUAAUACAGGACUAUGAAAAUUUCGCUACCUACGUUUGCAAGGCUUACAAAGGUGCUUUGUGCCGAUGGCUUGCCAAUCUGUGCAUUUGAAGCAAAAGGCACAGUAGAGUACUCUAUCGCCGCAGAAAUCAAUUUCUCAGCUUGCUUAGUUACCUGAUUUCUAUUGAGCUCAUAAGUCAAAUAUUACAUUAGCAUUUAGAAGUUCUAAAGGAUAAAUAAAUUCUCAAACCGACUGCUUUGUGCUGCAAUGGAAGGUCAAGUGCAUGCCAAUCUAUCUGCCUUACCAUAUCUUAGACAGAAAAAAAAGCCCAAUUACUUUGAGACAAAGGUAACCAAUCAGAUUAUAA